AAAAAAUUCUUUCUACAAGAAAACAUAAACUCGUAGACUAUCGUUAAUCUAAAAUUAUUAAAUAAGGCAUUACGAAAACGCAAAAGUUGUUGCACCGUGCACAAGUUGAAAGUUAACGCCGUGUUCGCUUAGACUGACGUAAGACGAAAAAAAAUAAAACAAGGAGGAGCCAAUUUAAGCGACAGCAACAAAGAAGUCGCCACAAUCUUCAGUUGCAGCUCUCAUUUUGAAUUGGGCGAGGAACAUACACACACUCAGACACAAACACACACACACACACACCAAUACUAACACUAACACAUAUACACACCUACACAAAAACACGCCCACACACACAAACAAAGAUUGACAACACUUUGCGUGGACUGCAAUUGUAAACAUCGAGAGCGAGAAUCAGUACGGCUAACAGAACGAAGCCAAAUGACGGAAUACAAGCUAGUUGUUGUUGGUGCCGGUGGCGUUGGCAAAUCAGCUCUAACCAUACAACUAAUCCAAAAUCAUUUCGUUGAUGAAUACGAUCCCACAAUCGAGGACUCAUAUCGAAAGCAAGUCGUUAUUGAUGGUGAGACGUGCUUGCUGGAUAUUCUUGAUACUGCCGGCCAAGAAGAAUAUUCCGCCAUGCGUGAUCAGUAUAUGCGAACCGGUGAGGGUUUUCUUCUGGUGUUUGCCGUGAACAGUGCUAAAUCCUUUGAAGAUAUUGGCACAUAUCGCGAGCAAAUCAAACGUGUCAAGGAUGCCGAAGAGGUGCCGAUGGUGCUUGUGGGCAAUAAAUGUGAUCUGCCAUCGUGGAACGUGCAAAACGAGCAAGCACGUGAGGUUGCCAAGCAAUAUGGCAUUCCAUACAUUGAAACAUCAGCGAAGACGCGCAUGGGAGUUGAUGAUGCAUUUUACACACUGGUGCGCGAGAUACGCAAGGAUAAGGAUAACAAGGGACGAAAAGGACGCAAAACGAAUAAGCCGAAUCGUAGAUUUAAAUGUAAAAUGCUUUAAAUGGAUUCACGCACUGGUUUUUUUUGUCAUGUCAUUAUUCGCCUGUCCGGUAUGUGUGUGCUUGUCUGUUUGUCUGUGUGUGUUGGUGUGUAUGUGUGUGUUAGUGUGUGUGCCAGGUUGUUGGGAGAAUGGUCGGCAAUCGAAUGCAGUAGCUUAUAUAGAUUCGUUUGUGGUAUUUUGCAUUUGCGACUCUUAGUUUACGCACAAAUACAAAUUCACGCACACACUACCCACAUCUACCCACAAACACUCACGCACACACCCACACACACACACACACGCACGCAGAGAGAAGUGCGCGUGUUUAGUUUGGUGCAAUUGUUGGGAGGAAGAACAAAAUUGUAAUUAAUUUAAGCGAACUAAAGUUUUAUUAUGUAUGUCAAAUCAUUUUUGUGCAACAUGUGUGUCGUUUGAAAAUGCUUUAUGGCGCCCAUUUUAAGAUUAUUAACUAUGCGUGUGUAUACCGUAUACAUGUGUAAAUAACUAUGAAUACUAUUUGUAAACUGCCUUGGUUAAGCUGCUGCGACAGCGCAUUUUGAUAACCAUUUGUUUUUUUUUCUUUCAUUUUUUUAGUGAGCACGAAACUAAAAAUAACUAAAACUAUGUUAUUCGCGUGUGUGUGUGUGUGAGUAUAUCGUGCUUCAAAACGAUCUUUGUAUGUAAAUCAAAUAAUUAGUUUUCAGUCCCUUUUUUCUUUACUAUUACUGAUAGGCUUUACAGUCAAUGCUUAACAGUUCGUUGCAUUUUUUCGGAGCUAUAUAUAUAUAUAUAUAUAUAUAUAUGGCCAGUUGCGUUUGAUUUCGUUACCUCCUUCAUACACACGCACACACACACAUACACACACGCACAAGCAGAAUUCCAUUAGAAAUUUCCACAAGCAAAAAAAAAAUGAAGAAAAAAAGCAAAAUAUAAAUGCAAAAUUAACGAAAAGAAGCUCACUGUUAUUAUCGUUUAUGUGGUGCUAAAUUGAGAAAAUCAACAACAGAUAACAGCACAAAAUAUUGUAUGACUUAUUAUAUGGAAAUCGACAUUUUUAUUUUUAUCUAUUUAUCUUACUGACAGAUCGAACAGUUAACUAGCUUAUGCGAAACUCUAUUUUUGAAUUGAAUUGAGAAUUAAAAGCAAACAGAAUCGUGUCUAUUAAUACGUAUAUGUAUAUACAUACAUAUAAUUACAAUGACCUUAUGCACCUAACUCACAUAUAUCAUUUUCCAAUUUAUGAUUAAAGAGCUUCGCAUAAGCCAGAUCCAUACAUAGUACAUAUAUAUAGCAGAUGGAUGCUGCAUUAAACAACAAGCAGCCAAUUACAUAUACAAAUAUAGUUUGCUUUAAGCUUUUUAUACAUACAUAAAUUAAUAUUUAAUUUUUUUUGUAUUCAUUUUUGCCAUACAAAAAGGAAAGUAAUAAAUCAAUUGUGUGUACUAUUUA